AUGGGAAGAGUAAGAACUAAAACUGUAAAAAGAGCAGCAAAAUCAUUAAUAGAACAUUAUUUUUCAAAAAUGACUAAUGAUUUUCAUUUCAAUAAAAAAAUCCUCUCUGAAGUCGCCCAAGUCCCUUCCAAAAGACUAAGAAAUAAAAUUGCAGGUUUUGCAACACAUUUAAUGAAGAGAAUAUAAAAAGGACCAGUUAGAGGUAUCUCCUUGAAAGUAUAAGAGGAAGAAAGAGAAAGAAGACUUGAUUUUGUGCCUGAAAAUUCAGCAAUUAAUGUUGAAUAAGUAAUAAUUGAUAAUGAUACUAGAGAAAUGCUAAAAAAAAUCGGUUUUUCUAACCUUCCUGGAUUAGUUAAUCAAAGAAGAUAAUGA